UCCAUCUCAAAAAAUAGAAAAAGGAAAUCUGCAAUCUCUCUCACACACGAUCAAACAAACGCUUUGGUUAGCGAAGCGAUAACCAUCGCGCUCUGCGCAGAAGCUGAGUAACUGACCCAUCCCGUUUAUAAAUAGCCGACGACGCCAACCCCGUGUAGCUAGCUCCUCCCCCCUCGCACACACAAUUCAUCCUGAAGUCUCCAUCCUUCUCUUCGGGCUUCAAUUUUUCUCCCUAACCCUAACGUACCUACCCCGCCUCCUCCCGUAAGCCCUAGUGCGCGCGCGAUGCAGCCCACGACAAGGGAAUUGCAAGCCAUGGCCGCCGCGGCUGCCGGCGCCGGCCAGAUCUCCAUGGGCGACCUGCGCAACAACGGCCACGCGGGGCCGGGCGGCGCCAAUGGCGGCGGCGGCGGCGUGCACGACGACUUCCUCGACCAGAUGUUCGGCAGCCUGCCGCCCUCGGCCUGGCACGAGCUCGCCACCGCCGCCGCGGCCGCGAAGCCCCCCGAGGAUGACUCAGGGAUGCAGCAGCAGCAGCAGUUUGGGGGGCCGUACGACGAGUCAGUGAUGCUGGCGUCGCGGCUCCGGCAGAACCAGAUUAGCGGCGGCGGGGGGCCGGGCUCAGGCGCCGGUGGGGCCGCGAAGCAGAUGGUUCUGCAGCAACUCGCCGAUCUGAGGCAAGCGGGCCAUGGCCACGGCCACCACAUGAUGCUCCAGGGCGGCACGGGCCGCGGGGACAGCGGCAUGAUCCUGCCGCUCACCCUCGGCAACGGCGGAUCGGGCGGCGACGUGCAGGCGCUGCUGAAAGCCGCCGCCAAUUCCGCCGGAGGGGAAGCCGGCGUCUUCGGCGGCUUCGCUGGAUCGCUCCAGCAACAACAGCAACAUUUCCAGCCACAUCCCCAGCAGCAAACGGCACCUAUGCCGAACCAGACCUUCGGAGGAGGGGCCGCCUCUGGAGGCGGGGCGCAGCCACAAGCUGGGGCGGGUGGUGGAGGAGGCGGUGGUACGCAGGCGCCGCCAAGGCAGCGGGUGCGCGCGAGGCGAGGCCAAGCCACCGACCCCCACAGCAUCGCCGAGCGACUUCGUCGGGAGAGGAUCGCCGAGCGAAUGAAGGCCCUGCAAGAACUGGUGCCCAACGCCAACAAGACGGACAAGGCGUCGAUGCUGGACGAGAUCAUCGACUACGUCAAAUUCCUGCAGCUGCAAGUCAAGGUGCUGAGCAUGAGCCGGUUGGGUGGCGCCGCUGCCGUCGCACCGCUGGUGGCCGACAUGUCCUCGGAGGGGCGAGGCGGCGCGGGCAACGGCGGCGGCCCCGCGGCGGAGAGCGACAGCCUGACGGUGACGGAGCAGCAGGUGGCGAAGCUGAUGGAGGAGGACAUGGGCGCCGCCAUGCAGUACCUGCAAGGGAAGGGCCUCUGCCUCAUGCCCGUCUCCCUCGCCUCCGCCAUCUCCUCCGCCACGUGCCAGCUCCGGCCACCCUCCGGCCAUGCCUUCCCGCACCACCUCAACGCCAUGCGCCAGAUGCACGACGCCGCCGUGCCGGCCUCGCCGAGCAUGUCCGUGCUCACGGCGCAGUCGGCCAUGGUGCCCGGCAACAACGGCGGCGCGUGCGCGGCCGACGGCGGCGCCGAGGCGUCACAUCCCAAGGACGCCGCAUCCGUCUCCAAGCCCUGAUGAUUGAUGAGUCUUCUCUACCAACGGUGAAACCCUCAACGUAUGGCGUGAGAUCGGGUCUAAUCCAAUGGGAAUCAUGCGUCGAUCCGGUCUCCGCUGGCUGGCUUCCACGGUCGCGUUACCUUAGACUCCGUGGGCUCCGCAGCUGGCCCACCAGUCCCCUCCCGCAGGGGCCCAGAGGCCGUCCUUACCCGCUCCUGCAGAGCGGCUGCAGCCCACGGGCACCCCUUUUUUCCUUUUCCUUUCCUUUCCCCCUAAUGUUGUCAUUAUUUUCUUUAUCCUGUAGUUUAUAUCAUGUUUGUUACUACUUAACUUAAGUGUAUAUUAAUCUAGGACUGGUACUUCUGGCUUUGUACCAGCUUUAGCCUUUCUUUCCCCUCCAUCUGCAUCAGCUUUUCCCCUCCUCCCUCUUUUCCUGCCUUUGCUUGACGCAACUUUUCGUUUAGUUUA